UAAUAAAUGAACCAAGAGGAAAUAUAAAAAACGCAUAAUAUAAUACUUCUCCUUAUAUAAAUUCAACUGCUCUCAAACUUCUAAGUUCUUUGAUUAUUAUUCCUUUAAUCUGAUCUAACUCCACCCAAAUCUGCAACCCCGUUUACAGUUUACGCCACAUACAAUCACUUUUCAAUUGUUUCUAAAUCCUACAAAAAUCCUUCUCCACUGAGUGAAUCCCCAAAUUUUAGGUUAUUCUGUUCAAACCCAGGCGAAUUCAUGAAUUGUUAAAUUCCCUGCAUAGUCCACCAAAAUUGCAUCACGAUUCAGUCCAAACACUGAAUUGAAACCUGAGCUCUGAUUUUUCACUUAACGCCCGAGUGAAAAUCGGGAAAAAGUUUGAAUUGUGGGGGAAUUUUGAGAGAGGAGAAAAAAAGAAGAAGAAUUAAGUCAUGUUCUAUGGUUCGGUGGUAUGGGAUCCAUGGCUGAUAGUGGCGCAAAUCGUGUGCCUCCAGUGCCUGUACUACCUGGCGCUGGGGGUAUUCUUGUCAAUUCUGGUGGGCACUCGGGUUUCGAAGAUGAGCCUUGUGUAUUUCUUUGAUUAUGCCACGGUUGAUGCCUCCACCGUUAUUGGUUGGGGUGUGAUGUCUUCCAUUUUUUUCAGCUCUAUUGCGGGAGCUGGUUUUCUAGUCUAUUUAGUUGAAAGGGCAAAGAAGUGCCUGGAUUUUUGUGCCACCCUUUAUAUCGUUCACCUCUUUAUUUGCACCAUAUAUGGAGGUUGGCCUGCAUCAAUAACAUGGUGGGUUGUAAACCUUACGGGCCUUACAGCGAUGGCGUUAUUAGGUGAAUAUCUGUGCAUGAGACGUGAAUUGCGAGAAAUUCCUAUCUCAAGAUUUCGGUCAAGUGCUUGAUAAAAGAGAGAACGAGUCUUGUGAAGCUGCUGCUCAUGAGAUGGCAAGUAAAGUUCAUAUGGUCGGACACAUUCAUUAAAAGCAAUUUUUCCAGCAGGAGUUAUGAAGGUUAUUGCAUGUUCUAGUGGGUUAGUGCAUCUGACUUCAGAUAAUACGGAAAUGGCUGAAGUAUGUAAUGAAAUCCGAGUGCGAAACUUUUUUCUUAGUGUAUACAUAUAUUCAUUUCAUGUAGCAACCAAAUUUCGAGAACUGUUAAUGGUGCAGAGUUGGUCUUGGGGCUGGCCGGGGAGGGUGCCCCCGACCCUCUCGACUAUUUAUGAUCCUCUGGCCCUUAAAAUUUCUGAACCAGCACAGCCUUUGUGAUGGUAAUGGGCUAAAGCAGGAUUUGAAAAUGGUGGCCUUGUUUACGAACCAGAAAUUUCGGGUCAGGACCCUAAUCGGACUGGCUUAUGCUAGUUAUGGGCUCGUUCCAGAGCUGAUGGGUUGUGUUUGGUUCGGUUCUAUCUCUGAUUAACCUGUGUGUUUUCUUCAUGUUUGAAUCAGUUAGAUUUGAAUAAUCGUUGGACAACUACUAGUUUCAUCAAAUGAGUUUGAAUGAAUUUUUAUGGAGUUGA